CGGACAUGGAGUUAUGCAGGGUUCUAAAUUUUUAAACAUGUUACAACAAUGAUUAACUAAAUAUGCAUAAAACUUUAACAAAAAAUAAUAAAGACUAUGGAAUCGAGUGUAAGAAAAUGAUCGAUAUAACGAAAUGGAAGGGGGUUUUAAAGAUCAAACCGUCAAGUUCAAAUCCCAUGACUUCAGGAGUUCAGGUUCAUUCCAGUCGGCAGUCCGUUAAUUGUUCGAGGACGUUUCGAGACGAAGCACUGCUAAGCUCCGAAAUGGUCGGAUCAAACAGCAAUAUUGAAGAUAUCGUCGGAGAGGUGAGUGACAUGGUGAAAGAUACCCUGGAACAGUUGGGAAAAACAUGGCAACAGAUUUACGAUAUGACGGACGAGUGCAGGCAAAAGAAAUUCCAACAGUUUGUUGAAUACACGAAGGAUUUCUUCAAAGAACUCAUACUGUCACAAGAGAAACGAAAAUUGAAGCUGAUAGAGGAAAUUGAAAACAAAAAAGAGGAAUUUAAGCAAUUGGAAAAAGAUCUGAAAACAACAAUAAAUUUAAACAUAGAAGGGUCAAUGCCUCUAAACAAUUAUUACAUGACAUUAGAUAACACAUUAGAUGAAUAUAGAAAAAUCAGAGAUGAAAGAAUAGUGGCUUUCGAAAAACUUCAAAAAGAGGAAGAAAUGCUUUGUAAAAUUUUAGAAGAGGAUCGAGCUGAACCUUUGUCUGGUUUUCCCUCUCAGACCGACCUUGAAGAUAUGGAGCACAGAAUUUUCAACCUUUUACAAGAAAAAUGUGAAAGAGAACAGAUUGUAUCGGAGGCAAAGGUUAGAUUGCAGGAAUGCCUAAACAGUUUAGAAAAAGAGCCAAUGUUACAGUUUGAAAAGGAGAUUAUCGAAGGGAAUUACUUGAUAACUGCAACAAACAUGACCAAAUUGAAAGACUGGGAACACUGCUUGAAAGUAGAAAUAGAAAUGGCACAAGAAAAUAAGAAGCAUUUACUUGCAAAGCUCACUCGACUCUGGGAUAGAAUUAAUGUCAAUAAUGAUUACAGAGUACAAUUUCUUGGCAUCAACUCGGGCAUCGGUAAAUCUACAAUAAAUAAUAUUUUUUCAGAGCUGGAACGUUGUGAUGCUAUAGCAAUGGCUGACAUAAAAACUACAAUUCUAUCUGCAAAAAAAGAACUUGAAGGAUUGUGGGAAAAGAUGAAGUUCUCUGAGAGUCAGAAGUCUGAGUUUCAAGUGUACUCAACGGACAUUUACACGGAUGAGAUCCUCGAGCUCUACGAACUCGAGAUAGAACGGCUCAAGAUGUAUUACAACAAUAAUUUGCCUCUAUAUGAAAUGGUUGAAACUUGGGAAGAGCUAUGGGAAAAGUUGCUCCAGCUUGAAAUCACAGGCAAAGAUAAGUCUAGGCUCAAAAACAGAGGAGGACAACUUCUUAAAGAAGAAAAAGAACGAAAUGCAAUCAAUAAGACGCUUCCACGUGUUUAUGCUGAGCUUGUCACCCUACUCAAAGAGCACAACAGCCGUGAAUCAAAACCUUUCCGGUGGAAUGACUAUGAUCUUCUCCAAAAGAUCACCGACGACUGGAACCAAAAGCUGGAAAACGAAAACAAGAAGCCCAAUAAGAGCGCAAGAAGAUUGGCCCAUAAGAGGGAACUUUUGUCGGCGGACUCCAGUAGUGAAUUGGUGCCAUAUACCGUAAGCUCUAAAUCACCAUCAACUCCUUCACUAGCCUUGUCAAAAAGAUGCAUCAGUUUAAGUACUUUAGCUAGUGGCAAUAAGAAAGAGGAGUCUGAAGACGCGAAGACACCCCGUUUGAGGAGAGUCCUCACCGAAAGCAACAUGAGAACACCGUUGAAAUCUACGCCAUUGAAGCGCCAGUUCCCUACACCUUUCACCACACCAGCAAAACGAGUAUGCAAGAUGCCUCUCCAAUCUGCCACACCCAGUGAGCCAGUCAGGCUUACCAGGAAGGGUACGCCACUCAAGCCGGGCCGCACGCCAAUGAGCUCUAAGCAACCUUCGGCUGCCACACCAUGCACCCCGAUGUCUCUGAGAUUCACACCGGCUAGAAAAUUCAACUUAAAUAUCUGAUAUUUAUAUUUUUUUAAUAUAUUUA